AGAGAAAGAAAGUUGAGUAGAGAGUUACGAACCUAAAGUGAAAAAAAAAACAAAAAUACAAAAUGAAAUAGAAAGGACAAUAGAAUAAAAAUGAAUAGGUAGGUAGAGAGAGAGAGAGAGAGAUAAAAAUGUAAAGAGGGAAGGACCGUGGUAAUAAUGGUUAGUGGUGUUUGAAAAAAAGUGUUGUUAAGACUGUUUCAAGCUUUUACUGACGUCAUCCGAACUGUGUUAUUAUAGUGGGAGGGCACCUCCAGGAACCUACUUUGCAAUUUUUUUUUGUCCACUGCUCCUGAAAACUUCAAACAAAUCUCCUGAGGUGUGGAGCGAUUUGAAUGCGGAUACCUCUUGCUAGAUUUUCAAUUUCAUCAAACAUUCGUGGAGGAUUUAUCAACGUAAAACAAAUAUUUUCAUAUUCAGCCAUUACAGAAGCAUUUAAGAACGUAUAUAUAAAUUUUUUUUAUAUAUACACACAAAAGAACGAUGUCAUAAACAUUCAAUGUUUAUUUUUCAUAAAUUGUCUAUUUCUGAUAUUUUCAGUCGUUCUUUUUUUUUUGCCCUAUUUCUAUAUAUUUCGCUCAUUCACUCACUGACAAAACUUGCAUAUGAAUGCAAACAAACAUAGAGAAAGAAGCGGAGGAGUGUAGAACGGCUGUAAACUUGACAUUAUGAAGUCCAAUAAUAUGUUUAAAGAUCAAGUGAAAACUAUAUCAAGUUGGUUUCAGAGUUGGAGUGAAUGCGAGCAAACAGUGGCCUUGUAUUCAUUGCUGAAACGGUUAUCACCCAUUCAAGUUAAAUUUAUUGCCCAAGUUCUUGAACAGAGUGCCUCAGACUGUUCCCAAGUACAACGACUCGAGGAAGAAGCCAACAAUCCAGAUUACAUCAGCCAGUUAUGUUCUGAAUCAAAAGAAACGGCUGUGAAGCAACUUCUCUCUCAUUUACCAUUACUUCGAUCUGGAAAUGCUGAUGCAAAAAGGGCUUACUUACAAAUAAUUCCUCAAGUUUUGUCGUACUCUAUUGACAACAGAGUGCACAUUGAAGAAAGUCGUCAAUUGCUAUCUUUCUCUCUCAUACAUCCUGCCAUUACCAGUGACGAACGGUUCCAGUUUCGAGAUUGGUUGAGUUUUCUUGAGGAACGUUUCGCACACAGUAUCUCUCAGAAUAGGCAAAAUUUCCAAGCUCUACCUAAUACAUAUACAAACAGAGUUGGUGCAGAAGAAAUUCUUCCACCACCACCACCGCCAGCAGCAGUACAGCAACACAUGAAUAUUGGAAGCACCAAUCAUUUAAAUGGUUGGAAUGAUAAACUAGCAUCUGAACAAUUAACUGCUGGAUUGAAUUUAGAGAGCAGCUCUUCAGAUCCUCAUAUGCAAAUGCUUGGUAACUUUGCAAAAGUUGGUGCUACUAGGAGCAAUUCAAAUAUCCAUAAUGAUGAUCCCAGAGGUCAUCUUCAAACUGUACAUACAAAUAAGAUUCCUAGAAGCCACAUACCUUUGCAUGCCACAUCAUCUGAUCCUUUAAACAUAGUACCCAGUGUACACGGUCGAGGUGGACAGUCUGAGAACCUCCUAUGUGCCCUUGAUAUAGAUACUUAUAGAUGCCAAGAAUUAAGAUAUGAUCCAAAAAGCUGCAUCAAUUCACACGCUCCUUUACGGCGAACUAAUUCUGUCACACCCCCUGAUAAUAUAUCAGACUGGCUAGCAAAAUGUGAAGAUCUUUAUCCCCGUGUACGUCCAUUAUCUAGCACUUCAGAUCAUGCACCAUUAUCACCUCAGAGCAGUGUGACUUCAUCAGGGAGCGGUAGUGACACACAUCAAGAUGAAGGCGGUCAGCCUAUCCGGAAUAGUUUCACAGAACCUGGUAGUGGCAUGCAAGAUGUUCCUAUUUGGUUGAAAAGUCUGCGAUUACACAAAUACUCCUACUUAUUUCAAUUGUUGAGUUAUGAAGACAUGAUGGAUCUUUCAGAACAAUGGCUCGAAGAGCAGAAUGUUACAAAAGGAGCACGACACAAAAUAGUAUUAAGUAUACAAAAAUUAAAAGACAGACACAAGCUUUUGAGGACUUUAGAACAGAAUAUCAUAAGUGGUGGUUCAAUUAAAACGGCAUUGGCAGAGUUGAAGAGCAUCCUAAAUACACCAAUGAAAGCAAAUGCUGACAUAGCAUCAAAUGAUAAAUUACCAAUACGGAAACCAAAUUUAAGUCCAAUCUCUGAAGGAGAUGCUUCACAGGCAGGCGAGGAUCUUCCAAAACAAUUCACAAGAGUAAUGGGGAAAAUAUGUACCCAAUUAUUAGUUGGUAACAGAAUUGAUGAGGAGAGCCGAAAUAUAUAUUUACAAUUAAUUGAUAAAUGUAUAAACCAUGAGGCUUUUACUCAAAAACAAAGAAAAUUACUGACAUCCUGGAAGCAGGAAAUCCAAAUCACUUCACCUCCUAAAUAUAACAUAGAUGUAAAACCAAGGAAAAAUUGGGGCAACACAUUUCCUAUUUGUGCUAACUCUAAUAUGAGAAUGAGUAGUCAAAGGAUGUUACGAGAUCCCCAGAAACCUACUGCUGCUGGUCUAUCUCAAUGGAGUUUUGGUUCUAAACGGUCUUCGGUUAUAGGUUGUGGGCACAUUCCAAUAAGUAGAAAAAAUUCAUAUAGCCCCAGCGUGGUUUCAAAUCCAAUAGAGCCUGUAAAAUCAGCUGUUACUAAAACACAAUCUGCUCCUAGCCAGUCUUCCCAGAUGAACUUUCUUGUAUCCAAAUCAGUGAUAGAAAUAGACAGAGAAAUUAAUGAUAGCCUUGAUUCAUUGUGUCGCAGUAUGACUGAAAUUGCUUUAGGAAUGGAUAGUCCUACUACCAUAAUAUACCCGCCGGAAAGGGUACCAUCUUUGCAAAAUUCAUCACAGAACACUCACAUAGAGAACUAAUAUGGUACAAACUAUAAAUGGUUAAAGUAGCAGCUGUGGCAAAUACAUAAAGAAAUCCAAUUUUUUUCUUGAUCUAACAAGUAUAAUUCUUGUCCUUUGAUGAAGAUGACUCUACUGCUACAUGGGCAUAUUUUCCACAACAGCUGUACCAGAAGAAAAUUUAAUAAGAACCCGAAUCUUCUUUUAUAUAUUUUUUCUAAACUUUACAAAUAUAUAUAUAUAAAUACCCACACGCAUACACACACACACACACACACACGUGCACUCACAUACACACACACAUGUGCACACACACACAUAUACAUGAAGCCCUUUUUGAAAGUGACAGUAUGCCACUUUAUUGUCACAGUUUAAACUAGAAUAAAACUAACAAACAUGUUCAGCAUCAU